CGAGGAUCCGUUGCAGUUACUGAAAGAACUCAGAUCAUUGAACAACACCAUCACUCUGGAGGUUCUUCAGAAAACCCGGAUCGGGAUGGCAGUCAACAACCUGAGGAAGCAAAGUGACCAGGAAGAGGUCAUUAACCUUGCUAAGGUUCUCAUCAAAGGCUGGAAAAAACUCCUACCUCAACCAGGUGGGGGCACACCCGCUGCCAAGGCGAAAGAGAAAGCGUCAAACGGCGACUCAGGAAAUUCAUCGGAUCAGGGCCGAGGAAACGGCGACAGCUCAAAGACGAUAAGCAGGCAGUCAUCUUCAGCAUCUUCCCAUUCCUUCUCCUCAACCAAUCUCGAUGGCAUCAGGGAACGUUGCAAGCAGAUGAUCAGUAAUGCUCUGAAAGUAUCAAUACCCGAAAUCGAAGGAGAAGAGGAUUUGCAAGAUCCAGAAGAACUAGCCGGCAUCAUUGAGGAUUGUAUUUACACUGAAUUCUGUAACACCGACAAUCGGUAUAAGAACAGAGUGAGGAGUAGGGUGUCGAACCUCCAGGACAGUAAGAACCCAGAGCUUCGUAGGAUGGUCCUCAACGGAUCCAUUGCUCCGGAGAAGAUUGCUUCCAUGGCAGCUGAGGAGAUGGCUAGCCAAGCCAUGAAACAGAUGAGAAAGAAUUUCACGAAAGAAGCCAUCAACGAGCAUCAGCUUGCCCAGACCGAAGGCACCCGAUCCAACCUACUCAAAUGCGGAAAAUGCCAAAAGAAAAACUGUACCUACAACCAGAUGCAGACAAGGAGUGCUGAUGAACCCAUGACAACCUUUGUAUUCUGUAAUGAUUGUGGACAUAGAUGGAAGUUCUGCUGAUGGCGGCCAAUUUCCCUGUUGUACAUAUUGUUGUAUACAAGUAGCUCUCACCCGAUGUCAACAUUUUGUAUAUAGCCCCGUACCUGAAACCACGGCACGAUAGAAAGAGUCACAUCUCCUCUGUUGAGUCAUGGCCAUUGUCAUCAGUCAACCAUGGGGACUCUUGGAGAACUUUAAGGAGAUAGGUCAAAGACUCUUCCCACCUGAAGACAUACUGAUAGUGAUGAUACAACUUACAGUCCUAUCUUGGAGCACUUCAGAUAGGGUUUUCUAAAGGCACAUGCUCCGUGGUUAUUUUAUUGAUAUCGAUGACAAUGUUGGUGCUACAAGUUGUUGAUCCUAGAGUAUUUCAGGUGAAUUAAACUAAAGGCACGUCCUGUACCGACAAGAUACUGACCGUUGUAAUCAUCCUGGAAGAUAUGCGAUAAAAUACAUGGUUUCCAAGUUGUAGCACUCCUUGGAAUUAGUGCUGUUGGUAGUGACAGUCAUGAUGCUACUGUAAUUUUUGAGGAUUUCAUGCAGAAUGCACAAAAGGCACAUUAUACCCAACAGGACUGGAGGUGGGAAUAUUUGUCUUGUGUUCCUAAAUCCUAUUCGGACCGCAGAAAAAAAAUAUGACAAGACUCCAAACUACUCUCAUUCCUUGAGGACUUCAAGCACAUCAUCAAGGACACAUCGUACCUGUCUGAUGGUGGUAAAACCUAUCUUGCGAUCUCCUGUAGGACUUCAAUAAGAAUAUCCCAAGAAGCCGCAACUUCCUGACAAUGGUUCAGAUGGUAGUGACAGUCUUGGUGCUACUGUCAUUCCUUGAGGACUUCAAGCAGACUACCUCAAGAGCACAUCAUACCUGUCUGAUGGUGGUAAAACCUAUCUCGUAAUCUCCUGAAGGACUUCAAAAAGAAUAUCCCAAGAAGCCACAACUUCCUGUAAAUAGUUCAGAUGGUAGUGACAGUCAUGAUGCUACUGUCAUUCCUUGAGGACUUCUAGCAGACUACCUCAAGAGCACAUCAUACUUGUCUGAUGGUGGUAAAGCCUAUCUUGUGAACUCCUGAAGCACUUCAAAAAGAAAAUCCCAAGAUGCCACGCUUCCUGACAAUGGUUCCGAUGGUAGUGAUAGCUGUGAUGCUACCCUCAAGGGCAUAUUGUACCUGGCACGACCGAUGGUAGUAUUAAUGUAACACAAUUAUCAAUUCUGGAAAAUAUCAGACAGAAUACAUGUAUUCCAAGCUGCAGCGCUUCCUAGCAAUAGUUCUGAUUGUAUUGACAACCAUGAUACUACUGUUAUUCUCUGGAAAUUCAAGUAGAAUACUUCAGGAGCACAUCAUACCUGACAGGCUGAUUGGUGGUAAUAUCUAUCUUGUCUUACUCUUUGGAGCAAAUCUCCACCAAGCAAUCUUGCCAGUUACACCUACCAGUCAGACCGCAGGUCCCUAUGCUAAUGAGCAAAAAGGCCAGAUUCAUCCAAAUCAUCUCGUGGCUGAAUCCUCCUCCUUGCAAAAUCUCGUGAUUCGUGAGAUUUUCUUUCUCUAAGAAUUUACCUGUUUUAACCUCAAGUUAAAUGAAAUAUUAUUGCACCAUCAGGUAGAGUAAAAGUUACUCUUUCAUAUUGGUCAUUUAUUUUGUAUACAAUAUUUUGUUAAAUAAGUAAAUUUCUGGCCUGAAAAUGUGCCUCAAAACUGAAUUUUCUUCCUCUGUUUUCUUUUGUAAAUUGUGCAAAACUUUUUAUUUUGAGCCUCAAUGAUAUCUAUAUCACCAUAAAGCUGAACUUCUGUACUUUCUCACAAUGCCACUCUUGAUAUGCGGCACCUUUUAAUCAGGUCAAGAUCACACUUUUCCCACCAAGGUACAAGACGAGAUUUCUGAAAUUUUGUACUUGCAAGAAAUCCAGAGUUCUGAUUGGCUGGAUAAGGUUCACAGAACAACAGGCGCGGGGUAUUUGAGGAGAUUACCACAUGGGAAGUGUGACCUUCCCACGAACCCAGGCACUGGGACGUUGGAAUUUGCCAUUGUGUGGUCUCUUUGACCAAUCAGAGUGCAGUAUUCUUGUUUUCAAACUGUUUUA